AGCGCAUGCCAAUUUGCUUACUCUACCACGUGAUCUGCCACCACCCGACGUUUCGGUGCGGUCUUCCUGGUUGGAAAGAAGUGCACAGAAGUAUCUUCUAGAAGGAACAAGGAAAGAAAAAAAUAAGUCAGAAAACACACUUCACCAUGAGCUGGCAGAGCUACAUCGACCAAUCUUUGUUGGGUACCGGGCAGGUUGCGAAGGCCGCCAUCCACGGCUUGGACGGGAGCCCAUGGGCGACGAGCAACGGCUUCAAGGUCACCCCAGAACAAGUACAGAAAAUAGUCAAUGCCUUCAACUCUGGCACCCUAGCCGAAUUCUACACAUCUGGCAUGUAUAUAGGUACAGAAACAACUGAAAGUGGAACAGAGCAAGAGAUCAAAUACAAGUUUAUAAAGCAGAAUGGUAAGGCGUUCUAUGUCAAAGAAGGCGACACAGGGGCAUGUGUCUUCAAGACAAACACAUGUUUGAUCAUCGCUGUGUAUGAAGACGGCAUGCAGGCAGGCAACUGUAACGAUGUAGUGGAAAAGCUGGGAGACUACCUGUUGGAGUGCAACUUCUAGGCAUCCACCUUCCGUGCUGCUGCUUUUUUCUUUUCCAGCCGACACCGACUACAAGGAUAUUUCUAUAUAUGAAAAAAAUAGAAAAAAAUUGAAGCCAUGAUUGUAACCUGGUUAGCCUUGUUAUGGUCCCUCAAAGUGAUCUGUUCCAGACACCCCUAUUCUGAAGUGGACUUGUCUAAAACUGAUGCUGCACCUAGGGUACAAUAGAAAAGGACUUUGCUACCACUUCGCUAUGGUAGAACAUCCUCUAUCAAACCACCAGUACAGAUAACGUAUGUUACUGUCAGUAACUGGUCAAUUAGUGAUGGGCUCCAUUCAGUAACAUUUCAGAAAGAAAUCUGAAGAAAGAAGAUGAAAAUGGAUGCCAACAGGAACCCUAAGAAUCUGUGUAGUAGCCCAGAUUUCUAUACGGAGGAAUGGCAACUAGGACUGUUCCAAUUCCGAGUUGGGGGUGUUUAGGAUAUGAUUCUUAGUCUAGGGAUGUAAAGUAGCCUUGAGGUUAAACUAGAAAUAAUUCUAACCGCUUUCUAUCAUUCCUGUGGAAACAACCUUUAGAAGUGAGUAGAUUAGAUGUGGUAGACAUUGGGAAGGCCACCGUGCUCGGAGUAACAGUUAGAACCAAUUAAUCCAAAAUCAUUGCUACAUUUGUAUGUCAGUGAAGAAAACUGGUCUCUUUGCAUGGAAAUACAUGAUGCUCUUGUAUUUCAACCUGCACUUUGUGUUUUCUAGAUGAAUUCAUUUAAACAAUGAUUGUAUCGUAUACAUUAUGUAUAACACAUGGUUCCUCCUGUGACCAGUGUACCAGGCUAAAAUGCUGGUAGUGGUAUUCUAGAUCUAUCGCUUUAGCUUACAGCAUUUAGUAUAAACUAAUUUGCUGUUGGUAAAGUUUUUGAUUCUUUAAUUCCUGUUUCAAGGUCCAUUCAGCUGAAGUAAAUGAUAUAUUUUUUACCUUUGAAGUAGCAGAAAACUAAAUGAUUUUUAUAUUGGGGGUAUGUUUGUUAUUACAUGUAGGUCCUGUAUUGCAAGAUACCAGUUUUCAUAUUAAGCAAUUGCAUGUGGCUACAGUGUGCAUAUUUAAGGCAAAGUAAGACUAGUCGCUAUCAUAGCGUGAUAGUUAGUAUCAACGAAUCAAAAGAAAACACAAUACCGUCCCAUAACCAAAAGUCAGUAAGACUUCUUCUCCAAGUUGUUGCACCUUCUAUUUCCUCAUUCCAUCUUUUUCUCUCUAAGACAACUCUUCAUAGAAGCAUUCCAGUCUUUGCUCUCUGUGUUCUGUAUAGUUAUAGAUGCAUUCCAGUAUUUCUGUAGACUCUUACAGAUACAUGAAAAUCCAAGUUCCCACAAUGUAGACUUAACUGUGAAACCCAUAGAAAUGUAAGACUUUCUGCAAGGCUUAUGAUGUAGGCCAGUGUAUGGUGCUUGUCCUUGUCCCUGUGACCAUUGUACAGUGGUAAAAGUCAUCUUAGAUGUUUUUAAAAAAUCACAAUUUAAUGCCACAACAAUUUUAUCUCCGCUUUUCUGUGUUGAAGAGACAGUGGAAAGAGAAAAAACAGAAUUUUAUUUCAUUUACUGUUCAUUUUCUUUAUUUUUGAAACUUUUAUAACUUUAAGGAAAAGUUGUUAAGAAUAUAUAGUGUAGGUAUAAAUGGGGUCUCUUGACUAUCCAGAUGGACUAGUUGUUAAACUAGUUUUACUUUACAAUUAAGACAAUAUGCUUUUAGAAAUGACAUGAAUAUUGUAAGAUGUUGCCAAAAGCUUUCUGUUGCAUUGAGGCAUUGGAAGGCAAGAAAUAUCUGAGACGGUGGAAAUAUCGAUGUGGCUGUCAUGUACAUUUCCUUAGUAAAUAAAGAAACUAGAAACUGAUAGUUGUAGAAAAAUGCCUAAUGGCAGUGUUUAACUGUAACUUGCAGCAAUUUAAAUGUUUUACAUAAUGUGUGUUGUGCCAUUUUGGACUAGCGUUAAGCUAUGUAGCCUUGUACCGGGAAAUUUUAAAUCGUUUUCUUUCAGAUAGCAUAGCCAAGUUUAGUCAUGGUAGCUCAAGAAAUGACCACUACUUUUCUUAAAUCGGUAUCAAACAUCACGUUGACAUGCAAAUUAGAGCUUUUGAAUUAAUAUUACAAUGGCUGGAAGAGAAAGAAAGUGGGGAAUCAUGGUUUAAAUUUUACUAAAAGUCAAAUUGAAGUACUAUAGACCAAACUAAAUCAGUUAUGCACAAAAUUCAACUAACUCGAGCUAUUCAGAUUUGGUAGUGUGCCCUUGCUUGUUGCCACUAUAAUCAUUAGGUCAUACGAAUUUAAUGCUAUGGUUACGAUUUGAUGACUUACAAACAAAAAGAAAUACACUGGUUGUAGUGCAACAAUUUGCAACACAGAAAUUGCUGUUCUAUACAUUCAGGGUUUGUGUAUAUACAAUGGAAACAUUGAAUAACAGUAACAUUUUGCAUGCUUCAAGGUAUAUUUUACGUUGUAGGUUUGAAAAAAGUUCAGGAGUGGGUAUCCAAGCCAUGUUCUUAAACUCACCAAAUCUGAAGCAAGGAUGUCAUUUGUUUUGACCAUAGAACAUUACUUGCCAGUUUAACUGAAAAUUUUUCAUGUUCAGAUCUUAUUCCAAGGGUAUUUUAUGGGUAGCUUGGUCUUUGCCUCGUACUAGACUUGCAAGGCCUCUCAAUCUACCAUGUGCUGUCAGACAUACUUGUAAAGAAGGAGUAAGGAUGAAUACAUGAGUUGCCACCGUCUCAGAAAGCACUAUGUGGAAUCCUUUAGUAAGUUAGCCAAUGGUAUGAAUAUGAGCUAUUCAUUUACAACUGUUAAGUUCAUAGCCACAUAUUGUAACCCUAUGCAGCUUGGCUUGUUGAAUCUUUUAAGUGGAAAAAAAUUGUCAGCUGCUUCAUCAACUAGAACCAAUAAUUAUUGAAUCUUUAUUGUUACAUUCAUGUUAGAGGUUUUUUAAGUUUGAAAUGUAUGUUGUAUACAAGUGUUGCACAAGCUUUUAUUAGUCUUCUUGAGCAAUAUAUAUAUGUUUAACUAUAUGGAUUAUUAUUUUGUUACGUAUCAAGAGAAGUUGUAUUUGAGUUCAGUGCCAAAGUAGUUGAGAGAAAACUGCAGUUACUGUACCAGAUUGUUAACUGGGCCAGAUUUGGAUAGUUCUGGGGUUCAGUCAAUAAACUGAACCUUCAUGUUGAAUGGGCACACCUGUUAUUUGCAUUAUGUUCAAGAAUUGCACAGUAUAUCAGCAUUCCCAAAACCAUUUGGAGUCAGCACAUUGUAGCACCAGAAUCAAUUUUGUAUCAAGUUUUUCCUAAAAACAAUGCAGUAUUUACAGUUCUGUAGUUACCAUGCAUACAAUGGUCUAAAAGUACAAAGAAAAUUUUAAGGUACCGUUUCAAGAUUUAAGCCUUCUGUGCCAUCUUAAAAACAAUGUUGCCAGUCCAGCCCAGGAAGUUAGAUGAACCAGUCCUGUAGUUCUUAACUUAUUGAUAGCACCACCUAUCCCUACAAUACUGUAGCUUCUAUGCCGGAUCUGUCACUGAGCCCACUGCAAAGAUAAACUGUAGGUCUGUUCUCUUCACAAGUCA